CUGAGGAGAAGCUCUGUACAUGUAUAAGAACGCCAGGGAUGUCAUCUGGCACAAUUUAAAAACAGCAUCAAAACGUAAGAAUCCACGAAGAAGCACGUUCGAUGAUGGAGCGCAAGAGACUACGUGGUGUGCCUUACUCGACGCAACUACAGCGUCGCAAACGCGUCUGGACCAACGCUUUGCAGCUGGAAGUCCAGGCACUUAGUAGUCAGCUCGCAGAACUGCAAGCGGCGCGGCAAGAUCGGAUCAAAGACGUAGCAACUGGGACAAACGAUUCCGAUACAUCUACGAGUCGUUGGCGAGGUCUAGCAACAAUUGAGAGCGAGAAGAGAUGUCGGGCUGAAAAACUCAACAGAGAACUGAAGAGUUUGCUGACUGAGCAGUUGAAGCUUCGAGCUCCCGUACUCAAGAUGAUAAGGAGGAAAGAAGUCCUUGAGGGUAUCGAGUUUGUUCUUCAACUGCAGCCGAAAGUUCAGCAACCGCUGCGGGAGCCAAACUUCGGUGAUCUUGUGCUAGACGAGAUGGAGAGUAGUUUAGAUUGGCUUCGACUCGAUACCGACACGAUGCUGUCAGUCGUGGAUGACAGUACAAAGGUCUCGUUUCGUUGGCAGCACAUUCCUCUAAGCAACUGCAUCCAGUCCAGUUCGAUCACUCCUGUAAGUUGCACGGUGCAACAGAUAGGUGAAAUGCUAUGGCGACAUGCUUCAAACACCAAGAAAGCCAGCGACUCGUCUUUUCGCUAUGUACGACGAAAGACGCCAACUCCUCUCGAUAUGAACGCCGUUGCUUCGAUGGUCGAAGGUGUGCUGUGUAGCAACGCUGUGACUACAUUUCGCAAAUAUGACGAGGGGGACCGCAUCAUUCUAGUCGGCUCUACUAAGUGGUUUCUACCAAGUGGACAAUUGCUUCUACAAGACUACAGUUGGACUGUUAUCUCACCUUCACCUGGUAAUGGACAAGAAGCUUGCAUGAUGCGUCACUGCUACAAACUCGAGAUGGCGAGGCCUUCCCCCACUUGCAUCACCGAAGAGCAGAAAUUGAUGUUUCAUACUGUGAGCAGUAAAAUGCGCAACGCCUACCAGGCGAUGCAAGACCACCUACUUAGCAGCGCUGUCCUCGGCUAGAUCUAACCGGAGGAAAGUACAGAUUGGCCAACAACGUUAACAUGUACUACAAAAGUAGUGUCACUGGUAAGGCAUCGCCACGAUAAAUGGAUUUUGCGUGGAUAUGUUAUUGAAAUGCAUUCAACAAUGAAUAUAGGGGGGGGGGGGGGGGUUCUAGGCGUGUUCUUUUACCUCAUCUCCAUACAGAAGCACGAGAGCUUAGAGAAAGUGGACCGGUCUGCAUUUCAUACGUCAUUCAUAAUGUCAGAUCUUAAAAAAAAAAAAUACACGGCUGAACAAUCAUA